ACUUGCUCCUGGGUGGGCCACGGCCACUCUCGGGUGAGUAUAUAUUCUUGUGCUCCUGCUCCCGUUGUCUUCUCCCCUUCCCUAACAAUCCAUCAGACUCACAACCACCACCUCCAACCACUCACCGUGAUCACAAUGUUGACAGCCUCCACCGUCUUCGCCAGCUUUCUGGCUCUCUCCACGGUCGCUGUGGCCAUUCCCGCCCGCCGCGCCGAUGACCCCGGCCCCAACUCGGGCAUUGACCCCCAGGGAAUCUUCGGCUACGGCACCGUCCCCAUCUCCUGGGACCUCCCAACCGACCUGAACAACCCCUCCGCCGGCACCAUCACCGUGACCGGCACAGUCCAAGAAGCCGUCGCAGCCAUGGAAGCCGCCUACCCAGGCUGGAACGCCACCUUCCAGUCCAAGCUUCCGGCCCCCACCGCGGAGCAGCAGGAGGACGGCGACGAUACCUCUGACUUGGGCCUCUUCUCCUUCCCCACGCGCGAGUCGUUCACAUGCGACCUCCCUUACGUCCAGGCCAGCAAGCGUAUGAUUUGGGAUGGCAUCCGCUACCUCCGCACAUUGAGUGGUUCGGCCAAGAAUGGCCCCGGUAGCCCGGGCAGGGGCAACUGCGGGAGGGUGAGCUGCAGUUGGAGUGCGGCUAUUUGGUGGUGCAAUGAUGUCGGUUUUGUCGUGUGUGGUGUUGAUCUAUGGAAAAUUACUAACAGUGACGAAACACAGAAUAACUUCGAGAAGGAGGUUGGGUGGAAUGAUAUUGCUGAUGGUGCUGAGUUCCUCUGCCGCUCCGACUGUGUCCACAGGAAGAAGGACGUCUUGGGCCAGGUGUUUUACACGGAUAAGUGGAAUGUGAUUGUUCGUCACGAUCAGAACAACUGCUAGAAACCACGAGGAUGGUUGGCAAAAGGGCAGGGGGUGUUUCGGUGGAGCUGUGUCCGGAUGAGACAGCAAUGAUAGUCUCGAGUGGAUCUGCGAGACAUGAUAGCCUCACAUUGCACAAAUAACAGACAGCUUGGUU